AAUGAGGAUACUAUCACUGUAUUUAAGUUUUUAAUGCCAGGAAUUAAGUUACCUAAACGCAAAGUUAUAGAUAGCAGAGUAUUAAUAAAAAGUGCAAAGUUAUUGCAAGAAAAUAUUAUUAAAAUUGCUAAGAAUGAUAUAGAUGAAGUAACUAUGACUUUUGACAGUUGGACUAAUAUAAAACAAGAACAUCUUUGGAAUAUAGUUUUCAUAACUACAGGUGAACAAUCUUUAAUAUAG